AUGGCGGCGGCAGCGGCGGCGACGACCGCCGUGACAAUGUCCGAGGCCUGGCCGGAGCUGGAGCUGGCGGAGCGCGAGCGGCGUCGCGAGCUGCUGCUGACCGGGCCGGGGCUGGAGGAGCGGGUGAAGGCGGCGGGCGGGCGGCUGCCUCCGCGGCUCUUCACGCUGCCGCUGCUGCACUACCUGGAGGUGAGCGGCUGCGGCAGCCUGCGCGCCCCGGGGCCGGGCCUCGCGCGGGGCCUGCCGCAGCUGCACAGCCUGGUGCUGCGGCGCAACGCGCUGGGGCCGGGGCUGAGCCCGGAGCUGGGGCCGCUGCCGGCGCUGCGCGUGCUCGACCUGUCCGGGAACGCGCUGGAGGCGCUGCCGCCGGGCGAGGGCCUGGGCCCCGCCGAGCCUCCGGGGCUGCCGCAGCUGCAGAGCCUCAACCUCAGCGGCAACCGCCUGCGCGAGCUGCCCGCCGACCUGGCCCGCUGCGCCCCUCGCCUGCAGAGCCUCAACCUCACCGGCAACCGCCUGGACGCCUUCCCCGCCGAGCUCUUCCGGCCAGGGUCCCUGCCCCUGCUCAGCGAGCUGGCGGCUGCCGACAACCGCCUGCGGGAGCUUAGCCCGGACAUCGCGCACCUGGCCUCGCUCAAGACCCUGGACCUCUCCAACAACCAGCUGACUGAGAUCCCUGCUGAACUGGCAGACUGCCCUAAGCUCAAAGAGAUCAACUUCCGAGGGAACAGGCUUCGCGACAAGCGCCUGGAGAAGAUGGUGGGUGGCUGCCAGACCAAGUCCAUCCUAGAGUACCUGCGUACUGGUGGCCGCGGAGGUCGGAGCAAGGCUCGGCAGGAGGGCUCCGAGAAGGAGGACAGAAAGAAGAGGCGUGAGCGAAAGCAGCAUCGGGAAAGCGGGGAGGGCGAGGAAGAGGCAGCCGAGUCAGCCAGGCUGAUGCUCAAGGUCUUGCACGUCUCCGAGAAUCCCACACUGCUGACGGUCAGGGUGAGCCCGGAGGUCAGGGAUGUGCGCCCAUACAUCGUGGGGGCUGUUGUGAGAGGUAUGGAUCUGCAGCCAGGAAAUGCACUCCGGCGCUUUCUCACCUGCCAGACGAAGCUUCAUGAUGACCUCUGUGAGAAGAGGACAGCGGCCACCAUUGCAACCCAUGACCUCCAGGCAGUGCGCGGGCCCCUGUUAUAUGCAGCCCGGCCACCGGAGGACCUCAAGAUCGCGCCUUUGGGGCGGAGAGAGGCCAAAGCCAAGGAGCUGGUGAGGCAGCUGCAGCUGGAGGCUGAGGAGCAGAGAAAGCAGAAGAAGAGGCAGAGUGUCUCAGGGCUGCACAGGUGGGUCAUUGGCAUGUGCAGGAGGUCUGGGCACACCACCCAUCACUGUCCGUGUGGGCUCACACCAUGCCUGCCGCCUGGACUCCCUCCACACAGGUACCUUCACCUCCUGGACGGGAAGGAGAACUACCCCUGUCUUGUGGAUGCCGAGGGAGAUGUGAUUUCUUUCCCACCUAUAACCAACAGUGAGAAGACAAAGAUCAAGAAGACGACAAGCAGCUUGUUCUUGGAAGUGACGAGUGCCUGCAGCCUGCAGCUCUGCAAGGACAUCAUGGACAGCCUCAUCCUGAAAAUGGCAGAACUGAACAAAAACACUUCAGAAAAUAAAGAGGAAGAUGCACUCUCUGGAAUUGAAGCUGAUGGCAGUUGUCGGCUUUCGGAUCCCAACUUGAGUCUGAGAGCUGAGAGGGAUGGACAGUGCCCCCUGGUGGUGGAGCAGGUCCGCGUGGUGGACCUGGAGGGAAGCCUAAAGGUGGUGUACCCGUCCAAGGCCGACCUGGCCACUGUGCCCCCCCAUGUGACUGUGGUUCGUUGACAUC